AGAGUUGGUUUGGACAAGGAGGGCUCUUCCUGCUAUGUAUGUAGUCCGAGCAGACUGAAUGAACACCGACGGAAGGAUCCCAGCAGCCACAAAGAACUACAUUGUACUCGAUCACCUGCAAGAUUCUUUAAAGAUGGGUGACCCAAGUCUGACCAAUGGUGGUGAUCAAGCUCUUGUCUGAAGAAGGCCUGAUCAUCAAAUCUCUGCACCGAUCAUGCCGAAACAACAAACUUCGCUCGACUCCUCGACGCUCGAGCAAGCUCUGCAUCCACCACACUGCCCGAUCUCUCUCUCGCUCUCUCUCUCUCUCACCCGAAGCUCACACAAGCAUUCUUUGAUCUCGGAGUUUGACUACCGACUGUCUCGCCACGCCCUCGGUCUCUUCCCUCCCUCCGAAGGGGACCAGGGGGAGCUCUCUUCUUCACCGCUUCAUUUCAUUUCAUUCGUCGUCGUCGUCGUCGGUCUUACAAACACAAUCACUCCAACGCUCAACUAUUUAAGCCUACACUUUCUCUCCAGGUCCUCCUCCCUCCUAUCAAUCCUCGCCGCUGCAUUCUAAACUCGACUCUUUCUCCCACACACUAGAAGAGCACUGAUCACUUGUUUCUUCCUCAGAGAGAGAGAGACCACGUUCCAACCUAAAAAAAGGGGGACCAGGAAGCGACCGCCAGAAGGAGUAGAAAGCGGAGUACAACGAGGGCGAGAAUAGCAGAAGUGAUACGGGUCCGAUUCUACAACAACAACAACAACAAGAAGAAGACGAUGAUGGUGAAGAUCCGGACGAUCGGCGCCAUGCUGCUGAUCCAAAGUCUGGGCCAGCCGGCAGUCGUCGUCGUGCGCGCCCACGGCAGUGCGCCGCCGUUCUACGAGUGUCUCGAGCAAGACAAGCGGGCGGCUUGGUGCGGGAAAUGGGUGGGCACGGGCCCCCAAAGCUUCAAAUAUCAAGUCCAGAAAGCGGGCGUGCUUAGGAGCGGCGGGCUGUACCAAUGCGACCGGGUGUCAGAUGUGACCGACUAUCUGUGCUGCACCACGGCGCUUAACCCGAGUGGGUAUGAUCCGAAGCAAGACCCGCCGGUCAGCUUGGAUAUCGACCAUGACCUGGUCUCGAAGACUUGUUCUCCCGGGAAAGUUCAUCGUCUUUAGACAAAAAUCAACCACUAACCGAGUUGCUAUACAUAUAACAUAACCGAGAGACAUGAAUUUUUCGAUCCAACCAAAUAGAAAAAAAAAACUCUGGCUUAUGUGUAACAUUCAACAACACCCUGCAGAGUCUUGACCUUCUUCCAUCCGAUGAUCGUCGCACGUCUUUGCCAUUCAUCAUCAUCCUCUUCUUCUUCUUCUUCAUCGUAUUGUAGAUAUACAAAAGAUUGUUUUUUUCCAGUUUCAGUUUCAAUUUCUUGCACAAAAGACAAACGAUUGCAGACACUAAGUAAAAAAAAGGCGUAUUCAUUCAAAC